GGGCAGGUCCGCGACGAUUAUAACUUCCCCGUUGUUCGCAAUCUCCUAGAACAAAAAACAGAGUUCGCGUUUCCCGUGUGUCCCGAUUUGCGUGCAGAUAUCGAUCGUUAAACCGCGUAUGCGACAUCGAAAUUGUGCUAAUUGCGGGACGCAGGAGCUACGUAGACGCUCGUUUUCCGAAUAAUCUUGAGGAACCGAUCAGGCUCUAAAUACGUUUAAAGAAUGUACAAAAUCGACCCGACAUCGUAACAGAGAUUGAACAAUUUUUCCAGCCAGGAAAGCAUCAACGGUAGCCACGCGAAACACGAUUCCGUUUGCUCUCGUUUCGUGGCACGACAACGGCUGAAACGCGACAUCGGCCAAAUUAAUUGUCCGUUUCGUUGACCGUGCACGGGAAGAUUAAUCUCCGACGACCGAAAUUCAUUCUCCGGGGGAAAUCGAUGUAAGAUGUUUCACGCGGGGCUUUCCGAUCGUAUUGUCACAGUAACGGGCACGCAAAGGAGAUAAGGGAUAAGUGUCUGUGGCCUGUGGCACUUCGAAGAGAAAGGUCACCGCAGAAAGGGUAGCACGUAGGAGAGAGAAAGAGAAGAAGAGAGAGAGCGAGAGAGAGAGGGAGAGAGAGAGAGAGAGGCGGAGGACCCGAGAGGAUGCGCGAGCCGCGAGCUCCGCUCCUGUUCGCAGUUCUCACGCGGCUUUCGUGAUGCGAGUAUCGUGGUCCUUGGAUGUUUCCGCUGACGCGAACAGGAAGGGGAUGUAAAUGGUGGUGGCCGACGAUCCCUGUCCUCGCGUUGGUGUGACAGCCCCCCGAAGGCCGACUCAGUGACACCGUUUUCUACGACUUCCGCGAACCACCCCGAUUUCCGCCUGGGUGCCGCUUCGUAUUCUCCCGACUUUCGCACACGUGUUCCGCGGAAUUCCGCGAAGAAACUACGAGAAGUGAGACGAGAACUUUCGACGACGCGCGCAACGAAAUAUUUCGUGGAACGUGACUCCGAGAAAUUUCAAUUUGUCGGAUUCGAACUCUCGAAUAUGCACACGUAACGCGUUGCGCGACCGCGUAGACGCGAUGCCCGUAAAGGUUAAUGGAUUAACGAGCGACCGGAAUGGCGAGAGCGUGAAGUUGAACUGAAAUUUCAAGCGGCGAAUUAAAUGCGCGUAACGCUCCGAAUUCAAUUCUGAACUUCGUAAAGAGCGACGGGAUAUUACUGUAAUAAACGACGUUCGUUGCGCGCGCGAACAUUUCCCCGAGGAACGUUAUAACUAAAUUAUCUAGCAAAUGUGGUAGCUCGAAUAACGGCAACCUAUUAGCGGUGCUUGUAAAUUCUGAAGAUUCGCAGGUAUCGAACCGAGCAGUCUGUACGUACCAUUUGCCAUUUACACGUAUAUUUCAGUUCGCGGUGGUGGUAAAAUUUAAUCGCUAUUUGACGCACGAUUCGUAAAGUAGCAGAAUUUAAUUACCACUCAACGCGCGCGCUAGUUGUAAAAUAAUAAAAUUGUACUGCUGGUAAAAUUGCAUCGCUGUUCGACGCAUUCGUAAAAUCGGAACGUAACUUUGACGCGCUAACGCGUCUCGUCGAAAAAAAUCGUGUUUAAACAGAAACGAGCGUGAUAUGCGCGAGUUUCGUAAAAAAGUUCAAGGGGAUUAAUAAAAAUGACAAAUAGGGAGAGAACGCGAAUAAAGGUGACCGAGACUCGGGCGGUGAAACUCGAGUUGACGUAUAUCGAUGAAGCGGAGGCUCCCGCGAGAUUCUACGCGAAUUUACUUUUCUCGUGACUCGAGAGUCCUUUUACGCGGAGAAUUUCUAUGGAAAUUGUUGUCCACGUUCUUCGAGAGGAAACCGUUUCCCAUCGGCGUAGAGUUCCGCGGAUCGUUAGAGGCGAUCCACGCGCGAGCCUAGAUCGAACUCGAUCGAUACUCGAUCCAACUCGGUCGCUGGAGAACGAACGUGGAGCGGUAGCCUCGCGAGGAUAUUUCUCCUGGAUUGCUCCGGAAAUGGAUGAUGUUUGCGAGGGGAGACAACGAUUCGAUCGGGAACGCGUAAACCGCGAUGAGGCGGAAACGUUUGUGAAGGUACGAAUGAUUCUUCUCGCUUUGGCUAUCGGAUGCUAUACUGGCAAAAAUCGUUUGCUGCGAAAAAUCUGUAUUUUGAACUGGUGGUGCCAUCCGUGUCGAAUGACCGAAACUGCUAGACAAUCGUUACAAACAGACAGUUUGAACAUGAGUGACGAAAUAUCAAUAUUUUUGGUAGUCGUUCUCGCGAUUGGAGGUUUAAUGAUGAUAAGCGCACUGCUGGCCUGUUAUGCUUGUAUCUUUCGGGACUUAUGCUGCAGACAGGAAGACAGGACAAAGAGAAGACGUGUCCAGAAUCCUCGUCAAGAACGUGAUGACCCUAACAGACCCAAAAUGGAUGCAAUACUUUUGAAUGAUAUUACUCAAGGAGAAAGUAUGCCUACAGAGUCUGACAAAGUUUAACGAGAAGGAAUUGAAACACGCAAAAUUGUCAAAUUUGUUUGGCAAAAAGAAUUGACAAUAACUGCGGAAGAACGAAUUAGAAAUGAAACAAACGAUACCGAAGAAUUUUGAGUCUCGUAAUCGAUGACUGUGAAAUAUGGAAUGUAAACCAAAACAGUCUGACGUUUAUUCCAAGCUGCUAUAUUGCAGAUUAAUUCGUAUUAUGUACAUAGUCGGUUACAUUCAUACACACAUAUGUAUACACAUAUGUGACAAAAUUGAUGUAAUAAAAAAUCUCUGGUAAAAAUAUUUAACAUCGUCCGAUCGCCAACAACGGCAUGAGGAAAUUCUGUGCCACGGUCCAUGGCUAUAUCUACAACUAUAUUAAUAUAUAAAAUAAAUUUCUAUGUAUAUUUCUUGUGCACUUAUUAUGCUACCCGUAUUGCAUAAAACACACAUGUUCCCAUCUUUUUUGGUAACUCUACCAGUUACUGAACUAAGUACCAGCAAAUCGUUUUUAUAGAUGUUAUAUUGUGCAACCAUGAACUCUAUUAUAAUAUACUCGACUAGCUGAUUUGACUGUUAAGCUGCUGGAGUACCGACAGUACCACUUCCCUUAAAGUCUGAAACAUUUGUUACGCAUUUGUUAACUCACAAAUAAAACCUAUGUAGCAGUUCUAA